GAGGAACGGACGGACGGACGGACGGACAGACAGACAGACUGGGAAAGGUCUUGGGUCUUCCUUGCAGAGAAGGAUCUCCUGGCGCUUCUCUCUCCGUGGCCGGAGAGAUGGGGUCAGGGUCCCCUUCCCCUGCCUGGCUCGCUGUGAGGUUCACGAUGGCUGCAGGCUCUCUCCGGAAUGUCCUCGUGUGUGCCAGCCUCGAUCUGAGAACGAACCUGCCCGGUGAUCUGUGUAUUCCCCUCGGGUCCUCGGGCUGCUUCUGAGAUGGUUGAACUUUAAUCUUACCUGUUCUCGAACUCUAGAGUAGGCUCAUCAGGACUUGUUUUUGAAUUGGCAAAUUAGAGGUUUUGUUUGGAUUUUUUUUUUUAACCCUGAAACCCAAGUUGUGUCAAGUUAGAUUGUACUGUCGUGGAGGGCUUUUGUAAAGCAGGAGUUUAACCCCGGCUUCUUGUUUAAAGAAAAUAUUCAGAGCUUUGAUCCAUGGUGAGAUUGCUGCCAGUGCCAGUAUUUUUUUAACAAUGCUUUGAUGUAAAUCAGUGAGGUGAAUUUGGUAAGCAAAAGGAUGAAUAACGGAAUACAGAGAGGGUGACCUUUAAAUUUUGGCUUAGUUUAUGAAAAGGUAUCCCUGUUUAAUAUUUUCUCUCAUAUAUAAUACUUGAUCCGCAACCUGAUUCAUUGAUUUUUUUUUUUUUAAGGCUCCAGUUAGUAUAAAGAAUUUUGGAGAUUUCGUGUCAGCAUUUGAAACUGCCUAAUGAGUCUGAAUAAAAAGUCAGAAGAUGAAUAAUCUUUCAUUUAGUGAGCUAUGUUGCCUCUUCUGCUGUCCACCUUGUCCAGGGAAAAUUGCUUCAAAAUUAGCGUUUUUGCCACCUGAUCCAACUUACACGCUAAUGUGUGAUGAAAGUGGAAGCCGCUGGACUUUACACCUAUCAGAACGAGCAGACUGGCAGUACUCUUCUAGAGAAAAAGAUGCCAUUGAGUGUUUCAUGACUAGAACCAGUAAAGGCAACAGAAUUGCCUGCAUGUUUGUGCGUUGCUCGCCCAAUGCCAAAUACACUUUACUCUUCUCACAUGGAAAUGCUGUUGAUCUUGGUCAGAUGAGCAGCUUUUACAUAGGACUGGGAUCACGGAUUAAUUGUAAUAUAUUCUCAUAUGAUUAUUCUGGAUAUGGUGCAAGUUCCGGGAAACCAACGGAGAAGAACCUCUAUGCAGACAUAGAAGCUGCUUGGCUUGCUCUUAGGACAAGAUACGGCAUUCGCCCUGAAAAUGUGAUUAUAUAUGGCCAAAGCAUAGGGACCGUACCGUCUGUGGAUCUUGCCGCGCGGUAUGAGAGUGCUGCUGUUAUCCUUCAUUCUCCUUUGACCUCGGGAAUGCGAGUUGCUUUUCCUGAUACCAAGAAGACCUACUGUUUUGAUGCAUUCCCAAACAUUGACAAAAUCUCUAAGAUAACCUCUCCAGUAUUAAUAAUUCAUGGGACUGAAGAUGAAGUCAUUGACUUUUCACAUGGCCUCGCAUUGUUUGAGCGUUGCCAAAGACCUGUGGAGCCUCUGUGGGUUGAAGGGGCAGGUCACAAUGAUGUGGAACUUUAUGGACAGUACCUUGAAAGGUUGAAACAGUUUGUGUCACAGGAACUGGUAAAUUUGUAAAAUAUUCUGUAAAUUUGCAUACUGGGUUUUCUUUUCUUGCUGAACUGCACUCUUUGGUAAAUAACAUAAAACCUGAAGGUUUUGUUUGCAAAUCAUGUCAGUUGCCUUCAUAAAUGUACAGGUAAUGAUUUGUUAACAGACUUAAUGAAGGUUUUAAUUACCAGAACUAGAAACUGGAAAUAACAGUAUCAUGCAGUCAGGCUGUGUAAUUUAUAUUUUUUCUGUGAAUUUUUUUUUUAAACAUCAAAAUGAGUACUGUAUGAAAUUUUAAUUCUAUAAAAUCAAAUGCUGUAAAAGUAUUGCUAAAUGCUUUUGCAUAUCAGAAACAAAUUUAUAAAUAUUUUUAAAACAUCUCAAUGUACUAAAUCUUAUCCUGGUAUACAAAUGUAAUAUUCUUUCAAUAAAAAGCUGUAUAUCAAAAACAAUUCAAGUACUCAGAAUAAAUUGUAAGAAAAUACGCAAGUUCAUAGAGAUGACCUAAACCCUGUUGUACAGGGAUAGAGGUUUAAAUGGUUAUUUUAUUGUAAAAUACAUUGAAUUUUCUGUAUUCCCUCGUUACCAUACACUUUCUCCUUUAAAAUAAUUAAGUCUUUAAUUUCUACACCAUCUGUUAAUUUACCAACUAGUUACCUUGUAAAUGAGAAGUCAUGAUAGCACUGAAUUUUAACUAGUUUUGAUUUAUAAGUUUGGUACUGUGAGGCAACUACUUAAAAUGUUCAUUUUAGUUACUUAAAAGGCAUUUAGAGCUUUGAGAAUGAUUUCAUAUGCAAUGUUGUUUUAAAUUUUGACUAAUCUCAUAGAAUUGAAGUACUCUUCAUAAUAAGAAAAUCUGAAAGUCCAUUAGAUGUUCUUCAAGACCACAAACAGACUGGCUAUUUGGUCCCUUUUCACUUUGGCUGUUUUUAAGAAUAGGACCUAUUGUUUUGGAUUACUAUCUGAGAAUUUCAUAGAUUCACUCCUGGAUGCAGGAGAUAAGAAAACAUUUAAUUCAUAACUUUUAUAUUAACCAAUGUAGUAAAAAAUAAAGCUCACUCAAAAACUAAGUUGCCUUUCCUUGAAUGAAUCCUGCCUGAAUAAAACAAUGAAAGAAAAAUAAAAAUAAAAUUAACGGUAUGUAGUCUAAUUUGUAAAUGAAUGAAUAUUGAAAUAAUACACACUGUGGAUAUAUUUUAAGGCCUUAUGUAGUUUUAAUUGUUCUGCUUGUUCUGUGGUUAUGUCUAAGACUAUAGUAUAUGAUUCUCUUCAAAGUAUAUCAAGUAUUGUGAAUGCUUUGGUUCAGAUGUGUCAAAUUAACAGUAAAACAACAAAUAUACCACUCA